AUGUCUGGCGUCGAAGCUGUGAUCGGCCUGAUUGGCGGUGUCAUAGGCCUUCUCGAGGCUGCGAACAAGGCAUAUGCGACGAUCAAGGACAUGGCCGGACUUCCAAAGGCCUUCCAGGAAGUUUCUCAGAGAAUACCGCUCGUGUUACAAAUACUGGAGCACGUGAAGACGAACGCAGGGCAAGCACCGAGAACAACAAUUGACGCAAUCACGCCAGUUGUCACAUCGUGCAAGGGAGAGGCCGAGAUGCUCAAGGAUAUACUGGAAGGGCUUGCAAGUGAGGAUUCGAAAUGGGACCUGAACCGAUACGUCAAAAUGAUCAAGUGCAAGGGGAAGAAAGGUCGUGUGGAGGACUUGAUGAAAAAGAUCAUCGAAAAUGUCCAAAUCCUGGCAAGCGACCAGACGAUGAAGCUUGCAACGUCGCAGCAGCUUCAAGAAUUGGGGCUGGCUGUAGAAGGACUCAAAAUCAUUGAGCCAUCCGCUCCAGACGAGCUCUUGCGACAGGGAGAAACCGUGACCAUCAAUUAUGAUGGAACUGGGUCCCAGCACAACCAGAUCGGUAACAACAACACUUCUACGACCUGGCAUGGCCACGGAACUGGGCACAUGAUUCAGGGAAACGCAUACUUUGGCGCAGCUCCAGGGUCACCUUCGCAUACCAUAUGCUACUUCUUUUUCAAGGACGACUUCCAAGACCAGAAGAGUGUUUCAGGCGCCAUGUGUGCUAUUCUGCACCAAAUAUUCAUGGAGAAGCCGUUUCUUGUCUCUGAUAAGAUGCUCAAUGACUUCGAAAUGAUUGGCUUCAAGCUUGCCCAGUCGUUUCAGCAUCUCUGGGACAUUCUGAUCUCCGUAUCAUACGGCAAAUCUGGCAAUAUCACUUGCAUCCUAGAUGCAGUCGAUGAAUGUGAGGAGUACGAGCGAACCCAAAUAGUCGCUGCAUUGUGCCUUCUUUUCAAAAAUCCUGAACGGCCCAAGGCACUGAAGUUCCUUCUUACCAGUCGCAUGGAUGGUCAAAUUUCACGGGGUUUGCAGAGUCUCGAGAGUCUUGCUCCAACUAUACAUCUACACGGCGAAGACGAGGAGCAAGUUGACAAAAUUGCACAAGAAAUCAAUCUUGUCAUCAGGGGUAGAGUCUUCGAACUGGGCAUGAAAUUCAGCUUGAAUCAAGCGGAAGAAGAACUCUUGUAUGACGAACUUACGAGCAUGCCAAAUCGGACGUACCUUUGGGUCUAUCUGACAGCGAAAGAAUUCCUACAAGGCUCGCAUUCUGAUGAUCUGCAUCCCGAGCGUUUCAUCUGGAAAGCCUCAUUCGACCCGCUUGAGUCGAAUCGAGUUCUCACUGGUGUGUGUGCAAAAUACUUGCAUUUCAUGGGGAUGACCAACUCGCCAUUUCCACUUCACUUGCAUGUUCCUUCAAACUGCAUGUGUGAUGAGAACUGGGUGAAGUACAGCUUUCUGGCAUACUCAGUAGAGUAUUGGACCCUCCAUUGCAGGAAUGCAACAGUAAUGGUUGAUUGGGACAUUGAAAAUCUCAUUGCGGACCUUUGCAAUGUUGAUUGGGUUGGAUGUUUGCCUUGGGUCACAGCGUACAACACGCUCUUGCCCGAGGGUCGGCAAAUUGACCCGUCAAGCUUUACAACACUCAUAUUGGUAUCGUACUUUGGACUUGAGGAGAUGGUGUCCAAGCUUAUCCAGAAGGAACACAUACAACUGAACAUCAAGGACAAUAAGUACGGUCGCUCAGCUCUAGCAUGGGCAGCUCGCAACGGACAUUCGAAUGUUGUUCGGGUGCUAGUCAAUACCGUUACCAAUCUUUCUCCAAAGGAAAAGUUCCGCCGAGGCAAAGUUGAUGUCAACUCGGUGGAUCAGAAAGGCCAGACUCCCUUGUCUCUUGCUGCUGAAUGGGGUCACGAGUCUGUUGUCAGACAUCUGGUUGAGUCGAAGAAGGCUGACCAGCACACGGCCAUGAAGCCUCAGUCAGACAACUUCUAA